GUCAUUCUGUCACUAUUGCCUGCCGCCGCUAGUGAUGUAUCAUUUGACGUGUCCAAAAUGAACCUAUAAUUUAAUAAAUUGUAAAUAACACCGAACAGAAUAAAUUAAUGUACAAAUAGGAAGCUAAAAUUGGGUCGUAAGAAUGGAAGACGAAUUACUUAGCUCAGCGAGCAAGAAAAGUGCAAUUUCGCAGGCGUGGACGCGACUAUCACAGAUAUACCAAAGUACGUUGGACAGGUGGACCCCGCAUACUAGAUGUCGUUGGUUUGGGACGUUGGCGCUUCUGUUGGGUUUCGGCAUUCGCAUCGUCACCAAGCAGGGUUGGUACAUCGUAACUUAUGCGUUGGGUAUUUACCACCUAAAUUUAUUCAUCGCGUUCCUCACGCCGAAAAUCGACCCGGCUAUGGAUUUUGAUGCCGAAGAAAAUGGCCCCGAAUUGCCAACGAGAGCUAACGAAGAGUUCAGACCGUUCAUUCGGCGACUGCCGGAAUUCAAAUUCUGGUAUUCUGUUACCAAAAGUACGUUAAUAGGUAUUUUUUGUACGUUCUUUGAGUGUUUCAAUAUACCAGUAUUCUGGCCAAUACUAGUAAUGUACUUUAUUACGUUAUUCUGUAUCACCAUGAAGAGACAGAUUAAGCAUAUGAUUAAGUAUAGAUAUUUGCCUUUCACUCACGGUAAGCCAAAGUACCAAGGACACGAGGAACCUACAGGAAAGGUGAUCAUUUCACCCAAGUGAUGUGAAUAGACUAAAAUUAAAGACAGUAAUUGAAUGAAUUUGUAAAAAAUGAUGACAACGUAUUUUGUCAGUAUUGUUGGAGUGGGACGCUUGUUUACUCCAACAGAACCUAAUAAAGUGUGUAAUCAUAAA